UGGCGCUGUUUAACUAACAUCUCUUUGCUUCCGCGUUGGUUUUCUAAACACACAUUUUUGUGGAAUUUUGUGUUACUGUAUGUGUCUAAAAGUACAAGCUGUCAUUUUGUAGUAUGAAAUUGUUCGGCCCGGAUUCAUUAUAAUAACGGGGUAUUGCAAAGUAGCCUACGAUUAAUUUCAUUAAAAACACACAACACUUCCUCGUUCUUCUCUGACUAAAGAGCUACGAGCUUCCAGCACUAUUCAUCCGCAGCCAUGUGGAGCGAGAUCUCAUACGAUGUGCAGCAAACACAUAAGGAGACUUUGAGAAACUCUGUGCUGAACUCAGCUCUGCCCAUUUCUCUCUUGGGAGGUCAACCUGUGCGAGAGGUGAUCCAGAAAGGCCACUACACGUCCCUCUCAGUGUGUGCGUGUGAGGACGACCACGCACGGGUUAGGAGAGGAGAUCAGGAAGCUUUAGAGGAUGUCAUAUCUCGAGAGCUUUCUCCAGGAUCUGAAGGCCGCAGGCUGGUUCUUUAUGGCGGUGUUGGAAUGGGUAAGACUACAGCGGUAGAAAAGGUCAUUUGGGAUUGGACGACAGGUGCGCGCCUGCAGCAUUACGCCCUCCUCAUGCGAGUGCCGGUUUGGGAGCUGGCCGCUCUUGGAGGGAAAGCAGAGAGUUUGCAGAGCAUGCUGGGCUGCAUACACACUCACAUUUCCACAGAGACUCUCGCCGUCGCUCUACAGAGGCCUCAGUCUCUGCUUCUUGUGCUUGAUGGAUUGGAGCGACUGCAGAACCUUCUAUGCGCUCCAUUGUCCUCAUCUACUCUUAUAUGUGACGUACAACAAGAAGCGUCCGGCUCCGUCUUGCUGUGCAGUCUUCUUCACGGAUCUCUGCUGCCAGAGGCUUCAAUGCUGAUCACCUCCCGAGAGCCAGUCGAGUCUUUGAGAUGUUUUGAGGUGGUCGGGUUCUCCCAGACCCAGAGGAGAACGUUCUUCCAGCAGUUCUUUGACGACAGAGGCCAAGCAGAGAGACUUUUUCACCAAUGUGAGCAGGCGUUGGGAGCAUACGAGCAGUGUUUUCGUCCGGCCUUCUGCUGGACGCUUUGCAAUGUGUUUAAAACUCAGUUCGAGAAUAAAAACACCCCUCCUGAGACUCUUACUCACCUGCUCAGCAUUGUCACACACAUGCUUCUGCAGAAACAGAAGAUGCAGGCAGAACAAAGCAGAGCGCUUGUGUCCAGUUUGGGAAAACUUACUAAUUCGGUUUGCUCCUACAGCGACGUCACAUCCUGCGGCCUGCUUCGUUUUCUGCACUCCCCCAUGCUUUCAGCUUUUUUGUGCAUCAGCGGUGAUGUCACUCACCCUGAUACCACAUUCUCCUUCCUGUCUCCAGUGAUGCAUGAGUUCUUAUUGGCCACCUCCUUUUAUCUCGACCAGUCUGUGCAGGAGAUCUCAGACGAGCGCUCAGAUUUGUACUACACAUUUUUAGCAGGACUGUCGGACUCAAUCCAGCGGAAACCAAUAGAAGACUCCGUGGGAAAGUUUGAUGACAGCCGAAUAUCUACAUUCUCUCAGUGGUUGAUGGGAAAUGUUUCUAGGGUGUUGCCAGAUGGUGAUGCAACAAAGCACUUCCGUGUUUUUCAGCUUCUGCAACAUGCACGUAACUCCUCUCUGGUCAAAGAAAGCAUUAGUAAGAGCCGGUGGAGGCUUGUUGGGUACAGCUCCAUGCAGGAGCCUGACUGCGCUGUGCUGUCAUAUGUAGUGAGUUGUGUGGGAGAGAUGGAGCAUAUGAACCUGUACAGAGCAGAACUAACACACGAACAGAUCGAGAGGCUCAUACCAGCGUUACGGCUGUCCAAGAGCAUUGGUCUGUCACAGAGCCGUCUCAGUUUGACUGCCAUCACUAACUUGUCGACAGCGCUGGCUGAGGGACGGACGAUAAAGCUGGAUCUUUCAUACUCCACACUGGAAAAAGAGUCAGUCCAAACCCUCUGCCGUGCACUCACACGCUCCACGCUGGAGUCACUCAACUUGUGUGGAUGCUCACUGACCACAGCUGAUUGUGAAGCUCUGGCUCAGAUGCUCUCUGGAGGCUCACAGCUGCGUGUGCUCAAUCUGUGUGGGAAUAAUCUGGAGGAUCAAGGUCUUAUUCACCUCAGCAGUGCCCUGGAAAACUGCAGACUACAGGAAAUCAAUCUGGAUUUAUGCUCACUGACGGCGGCAUCCAUGCCUGCGCUGUCUUCAGCUCUGAACAGCGGUUUUUCAGAGCUGAGGAAGCUAAACCUGAGCCGGAACGCAGUGAUGGAUGAUGGGAUGGAGCUGAUCUCACAAGUGUUACAGAAAGGCCGCCUCAACACACUGAAUGUGUCUAGCUGUGAGCUCACUGGCUCCUGCUGCUCCUCUCUAGCAGCUGCCCUCCAAUCAGAAGACUGCCGUCUGACUGAGCUGGAUCUGUCCGUCAAUGAUCUCGACCAAUCAGGAGCGAUGCAGAUAUGUGAAGCGCUGAUGACUCCUAAAUGCUCACUGGAAAUACUGGAGAUGAGUAGAUGUGAGCUGACCGAGGAGGUGUUUCGAGCACUGGGGAGUAUUCUGAUGUCUGGCGGGUCAAAGCUCGUCCGUCUCUCGGUAGGGCUGAACGAUGUGGGCGAUACUGCAGCCAAACACAUUUGGGAGGCACUGAGACACAAACACUGCACACUACAGCACCUGGAUCUGGAGAUGCUGUCGCUCACAGACGCUUGCGUUGAGGAGUUGUGUGAAUCUGUUGCUGCCAGCAGCACUUUAUCAACUCUCAUUCUGAAGAACAACAGAUUGACUGACUCCUCCGUACCACGAUUGGUCAAAUUAAUGCUGGACCGUCCUCUAAUGACCGAGCUGAAUCUGCAGUAUAAUGACUUCAGUGAAGACGUUUUUGAGUUGAUGGACACAUGCCAAAAUAUUGUUUAUUAGAGGAUCACAUCUCAGGUUGGAUGACAGUUGCGUGCUUCCAAAUGUUAAAAAAUGCUAUUAUUAAUGCAGAUUCUAUUCCAUUUAUUCCUUAAGACCAAGAGACAAAGUGAGUCCCUCUAGUGGCCUGUUUUUACAGGCCGUUUUAUACAGUGGCCCCAAAAAGUAUGAAUAGCUUUGCAUUUGCAGCCAAGUAUUAUAAAGAAAUAUUUAUUUGAAGGAAAUGCAGCACAAAAAAAGAACAUUGACAGUUUUAAUAAUUUUAAAACAAAAUUAAGAUGAAGAAUAAAUUGCUUCAUAUAUACACAUUCAUUUUUAAUUUCAUCUUAAGUGUCCAAAUACUUUUUGGGGCUACUGUAAAUCAUUCAGAUGGUCAUGUCUGGUUCUUCACAUACUGUACAACCCUCAUAAUUGUCUGAAAGAACUAGACCGCUAUAGCUCAUAGAAACAGUGAUUUAUUUUACAUUACAUAUUGAGGACAUUCAUUUUAGUGUGAUUUUGAGAACUGUUUCACUCUGAAUGGAUGGUAACAGCUUCUGAGGAGCGCUCAGUCUGGCAUUUGAGGCUUUUCUACAGAAUAAAGUGGCUGAGAGUACAGUGCUGCAGGACAGAUUCAUUAAAAAUGAGCAGCAGCUAUGACAGAACCCGGGAGCAUCCUCAUGUGACUUUAAUCACUCUUAUUGUAACACGCUCACAGCCUGCUGAACAGACCAACUCAGAUCACCAUAGAUUUGCAUGCUCCUUCUGUUUGAAAUGAGUUGUUUGAUUAUAAUGAAUUGUCUAGUUAAGAUGUAAUCAUAACAACAGCAAUGCUAUUCCUUUCAGCAGGGCUCACAUACAUACUGCACACAGACACUCACACAUACUCAGUAUUGCAGCCUUGUCCUUCUUUCACUGAUGCUCUGGAUGAGCAGUGGAUGAACUGGCUGCAUUAGAUCUCAUACACUGCAUUAAACAGAGGAAAUCUGGAGGAGGACAAAACGUUCAGAUGUGUUGAACUCAUUUUUUUUUUUAAUGUUUGGUCUUAAUGUAAAUGUACAAGAGGUUUGAAUCUGAAGUUUGAGUCUUACCUGUCCAGUACGCCUUUGUUUUUAAGUAUGGGUGAACUUCAGCGGCUGUAGUUUAGACUAUUUAGCGUUUCCUUUUCAAGCUCUUCAAGAGACUGAAACACAGAGAACCGGAUGGCUAAUGUGUUUAUACACUGGAAAAAAUAAUUGAACUC